AUGGCUCAAUCAUUUGAUACAUGUGAACAUAUGAUGCUUGGUCAAGCUGUUGUCGAUAGCUUUGGAGCAUCGACUAAUAUGGCUCUUGGACUUAGUAAAAGUUUACAAAAACGUAAAGCAUUUGAUGGAGCUCAUGUUAUGUCUCAUUAUCUAUAUUUCUAUCAUCUUUCGAAACAUAGUAUUGGUAAGACAACUGAAUUAGUUUAUGAAGAACUUAAAGCAACUAUAACAAAACCACCACACAAAUUAACAAGAGAACAAUUUAAAUUUCCGAUAGACAAAAUUCACAGUGCAUCACGUUCUGCUCAUGAACAAUUAAACGGACUUUCAAGUGGAUGUAAUCCUGCUCAACGUUCUUUUCCACUUGCUUGUUGUCGAUGGAUUGAUGAUAAUGACCUUUUUCAAAUAUCAUGCGAUGAAGCACAUCUUACACACUUUAGUACUACAGCUGGACAAGCAUCUGCUUUAACUAACUUGAUCUGUCGACGUUUAAUCAAAGGUGAUCAAUGGAAUGAUGCUAUAAGAACUGCUUUUUCAACUGCUCCAGAUCUGUUGGGUGAAAUUCGAGAAAUUCAAGAUCGAUAUGAAAAUGAUACUAGGCUUAAUUCUCGUUUACCUGCUGGAUAUGCACCAAAUACGUUACAUACUGCUUUAUAUUGUGUUACAAAGGCUAAUUCAUUUAAAAGUGCAUUAAACCAUGCACAUGAACUUGAUAAAACUUAUUGUCCGAUUAUAGUUGGUAUAUUAGCUGGUGCUCGAUGGGGUGUGCCAUCAUCAAUGUUAGACAAAAGUCCUAAAGAUAAACUAAAAGAUAUACGUCAAGUAGCAAAAUGUUUUACUGAUGAAUGGAAGAAAUAA